ACAUUACCUGACAAAUUGCAUACAAAUCCUUGAAAAUAGUAGAAAUGUAAACAAAUUUAAUAUUUACGGUGUUUUACAUAUAUGCAGUUACAUGCAAUUAUGGAAGGUGUCUACUUUGAUUAAUAAAGUGUCUAUGGAUAAUAAAACAAGCAUGGCUCCGCGCUUGACAUUCGUGUUACUGUCGGCAUGCAUGAUUUACACGGGCAACGGAUAUAAACCAGUUGUUUACAUGCAUGGCAUAUUUGGAAGUUACAAGGAAUCUGCUGGGUUUUUGAAAUGGAUCGAAGAGGAGCACAGCUCCACGGAGACGCUGAGUAUAGACGCUUACAAUAACGCCGACAGCGCCGUAAAUCUGAUGCAGCAGAUCCAAGACAUCGCCCAGAUCCUUCAAGCUUACAUGAACUCACAUCCGGGAGGCAUCAACCUGAUCUGCUACUCGCAAGGCGGCCUUAUUUGCCGUGGUGUAUUGGAACAUAUACAACACAACGUGGACACGUUCAUUUCCCUCAGCUCUCCACAGGCUGGACAAUUCGGAGAUACUCAGUAUUUAAAAUAUCUGUUUCCACAUUUACUGCGGGAUCAAGUGUACAGGAUUGCAUACUCGGAAGAAGGUCAGAACAUCUCGGUUUCAAAUUACUGGAAUGAUCCCCACCACCAAGACCUGUACCUAAAGUAUUCCAAGUAUCUGGCAGUUCUCAACAAUGAGACAUUCAGUCCCGACAGCCAAAAGUUCAAGAACAACUUCACGCUCUUGAAGCGCCUAGUAAUGCUGGGUGGACCAGAUGACGGUGUUAUCACCCCUUGGCAAUCGAGUCACUUCGGAUUUUACGACAAAGAUCUGAACAUUGUGGAAAUGAAGAACCAGCCGUGGUAUACCAAUGACUGGUUCGGGUUACGGACCCUUGACAGCCGAGGUGGUCUGGUCACGAAGGUAAUUCCUGGAGUGCAACAUAACUACUGGAUCAGAAAUCACACGGUGUUCAUGGAUCACAUCUUGCCGUAUCUGAACUGGUUCAGCAUGAGCUGGCUUCAGAUUUCGUGCACGAUAUUCGUAUUGGUUGUGUGUCGCGUGCACACGUGCUCGGGUUACAAACCAGUUAUUUUCAUGCACGGCAUUCUAGCGGACAGUGACGAAGGAAAUCAGCUGCUCGACUGGAUUGCGAAGGAUCACCCAGGCACGAUUGGUUUGACAAUAGAUGCCUUCAACAGGCAGGAGAGCAUUGUAAACAUGACGGCGCAAGUGAACGAAGUGUCCUCGAUAAUGCAAGACUUCAUGACCAAACACCCCGAAGGCGUCAACUUGAUAUGUUUCUCUCAGGGUGGACUGGUAUGCAGAGGUGUUAUAGAGCAAGUGGCUCAUAACGUUAACACCUUUAUCUCACUGAGUUGUCCACAAGCCGGACAGUUUGGAGAUACAAACUUUCUCAAGAACUUUUUCCCGACGUAUUUGCGCGACAAUCUGUACAAGGCGCUGUAUACUGAAACUGGACAGAAGAUCUCCGUUGGAAAUUACUGGAAUGACCCCCGUCAGCAAGACCUCUACCUCCAGUGGUCCCAGUAUCUGGCUGUCGUCAACAACCAGUCGGUAAACCCUAAUAGCCAAAAGUUCAAGACUAACUUCACGAGACUUAAGAGACUGGUUAUGAUAGGGGGGCCAGACGAUGGCGUCAUCACUCCCUGGCAAUCAAGUCACUUUGGAUUCUACGAUAGCAACCUCAACAUGGUGGAAAUGAAAGAUCAACCUUGGUACCAGAAGGACUCGUUCGGUCUGAAGACGCUGGACUCGAGGGGCGGGCUGGUGACGCACGUGGUCCCGGGGGUGAUGCACAUCCACUGGCACAGCAACAUAACGGUGUACAAGAACUACAUCCUACCGUACCUCGACUGAGACGGUACGAGAUGGGCCGGUAUUCGCAAAGCUUCAUCCGGAAAACUUCAGGGAAUUUCUUGAAUUAAAACAAUUUAUUUAGAGUCCCUCAGUUUUUAUGUGUACAUGUUUAUGUCGUUUUACAUUUAAAUGUAUUAAGAAA